AUGAAAUUCUUUUUACUUUUCAUUACCUUUAUACAUUUAUGCAUUCUGGUCUCAAGUACACCAAAAGGAUCAAACCUUUACCAAAGACCGAGUUGCAGUAUCAGUGAUCCAUUUCCUAUUGUAUUCAAAGAAGAAUAUAAAGGCGAUAUUAAUUUUUUGGUUAUUGGUGAUUGGGGACAACAUGGUCCUGGUACCGGUCAGACUCCAGUUGCCGAUGCUAUGAAAACUUGGGCUGAUAAAAAUCAUACUACAUUUGUUUUAAAUCUUGGAGAUAGCUUUUAUCAAACUUCAAAUGCUAGUACUACCAAUGUCACUGAUCAAGUUGAUCAUGAAGGUGUAUUAAGCAAAGAUGAUCCCAAGUGGAAAAGUUAUUGGUUAGACGUAUAUGGCGGCCAAUUGAAGAACGUACGAUGGUUUUCCGUAGCAGGAAAUCAUGAUUGGUAUUCUAAUGUCGCCGCUGAAGUUGACUAUUUUUGGGAUAAUGAUUCCAGAUUCUUUUUACCGUCCCUUUAUUACGUUAGAAAAGUUACCUUUGGUAAAGAUAUCUCGGCCGUCUUUAUUCACAUUGACACUGAUCCCUUUUAUUACAACUACACCGCUUAUACUAGAGAAAAUAAUUUAAAAGCGACUCUUCAAGAAUUUAAUUUAUAUACUUAUGAUCAAAUUACUGCUAGACUAAAUUGGAUUGAACAGCAAUUGAUCGAUAAUCAGGAUGCUGAUUGGCUUUUUGUUGUCGGUCAUCACCCACUUGUUGGUGAUUGUGGACUUGAAAAUACUGCUCAAUCUUAUUUAAUGUAUUUAAUUCCUCCAGUUUUAGCAAAACAUAAUGCAUCGGGCUAUUUCAACGGUCAUACCCACGAACUCUCUUAUAUGGCUCCCAGUUCAUCUUCUGGCGUCGCUUAUUUCGGUUCAGGUGCUGGUGGUGCUACUCUUGGUGCUGGUUGUGCUAAUCCUACUUGGUCUGCUCCUUUCACUUUUGGUUUCUUGUCCAUUAGUAUUCCUGAAGAUGGUAAAAUUUUAUCUUUCGAGUUUGUUAAAGCAAACUCUACUGAUACUGAUCCUUCGGUCAUUUAUUCGGGUACAAUUAAUUCUAGAAAAUGUUCUUAA